CUAAAUCUCGUAGUCAUAAGUGAACGACUUCCUAGUAAAAAAGGACAAAAAUUCCAAUUUUCUCAUCAUUUUGCUCUAAAUUCCAUAUACUUCACAAGAACCAAUCCUUAAAACCUUGAUUUAAAUACCCAUUUUAGCCAGCCGAAACCAAAGAGUUGGUGUUGGCUUGUGACUACUGUCGUGAGGCUGAGAUUGUACAACAUCUCAAAAUAAUGUCUCAAUAUCCAAUUAAAAACUACCGAUGACAGCAAAAUAGUACGACAAUCGAGUAAAAAUUUAUAAGAGCCCAAUAUAGAGCUCAUGGAACAAAUGACUUUGAGUAAUGUCUCAGUUCGAACGGCAUCUAGUCAACCCGGGCAAGCCAUAAAACUCGAAUGUGCACAUCUUUUUUGCUGAAUUUUACUUUUAUUAAUUUUUUUUGUAAAUUAUUAAUUUUUUUUGUUUUAUUUACAAUUUUUCAGUAUACAUGCUUCCUAUAUAUAUUUAACUAAAAUCUUAAUUUUCAACCUGAUCGACUGUCAUUAUCAAUCAACCACUUUGGUUCAUUUUGACGAUUCACUACUAAGUUCUUCGGUGCAACAGAUAUCUCAUCACUGUCAGAUUCCUCACUACUCGCGUCAGUAACAUGCACAAGUUGACAUCCAUCUUUAUGAUCACUUCCCAGCACAUCAUGUUUGCCCAUCAGUUUCAUAAGAAAAACAUGAACUUUUGCACCGAUUGAUAAGUUUCUGUGGCAAAUGUAAACACUUUUUCUCUUUGGAAAAUGUCGAGAAUCACUGAAGCUAAUGAGCAGUAUUGAGGUCACUAGUAUGCUUAAGAUGAUCUUCAUAAUUAUAACUUAAACUUGAAAUAUUCUAAAAAAAAUCUCAAAAAAAAACAGCUUGAAAACAAUUCACUGCCUUACUCUAUUGUGAGAUUUAUUAUUUGAGAUGCACAAUUUAUUUUUAAAAAUAUUUUUUUAUUCUCUUAUUUUUUUUCUUAUCAGCAAAAUGUUGUUUGUUGUUUUUACAAUAUGUCAAGAAUUGUGUGUCUCGUCAACAAUUGCUCUCAGUGUCUCAUUGAAGUUAAUUACAAGCUACAAAUUUUUUAGAACUAGUAAUUUUUUGCACAAUAAAACUUAUUUUUAUGUUGCUGAAUUAAAUAUUUUCGGAUGUAGUGAAUUUAUUAACGGGGGUUUGUUUAUGGAUGACGUCAAGUACAACAUUCCCAGUUCCAUCAUGAUAUCAUCAAGUCUGUUUGACAUUUUACGUGCCAUAAUUUCACAGCUUCCCAUAGCUUCUAAGUUGGCAAUCGAUUCUUGGUAGACAACUGCACCAACCUGCAACAACCUGCACCAACCUGCACCUACAAUUACCCUAGUGUUUACCUGUCAACUCAUUGAGCUUUUCUUACCAAACAGCCAGACAGACAAACAACCAGACAGACACAGAGAUAAACAAGCAACAAACAACUCCUAUCAACUCAAAAAAGUACACAUAAAGAGACGCCAAGCAAGAGAACACGCAGUAGGACGCCCAAAUUAGUUUACUUUUUAUGUCCAUAUCAAAUUUUUAUAUAUUUCUUCUUACAUUCUCAAUAUACAAAGCAGAAAUGUAAAGUGACAAAGAUGACUAUUAAGAUUGUAGAAUAUACCUUCACCCUAGUCAUAUAGACAUUGUUGCCAAUAAAUAUAAUUUUUUUCAAAACUUUUAAUUUCUCUCAAAUAAUUUUUUAGGGUGACUCUUAUUAUUUCUAUUAUGACAUUUUCUUAUGAUAAGGGGACGAAUGAAUGAAUGAAAUGAAAUGAAAUGGAAAUGACAAAAGACGAAAACCCAAAAGGUGGUUGCGUACUGUCUUUUAA